AUGACGGACGGGAACAGACCACCACCGGUUGUGGUUAAGGAUCAAAGUACCACAACUUUACAGUGUCCAAUGUUAACCGAAACAAAUUACAACAUCUGGGCGAUUCGUAUCAAGGCAGUAUUCAAGGUUCAUGGAAUACAGCAAGCUUUAGAACCAGGCGAAAAGGAGGUAGAUGCCAAAAAGGAUGACAUGGCAGUUGCACUUCUACUUCAAGCAAUACCCGAAGAGCUCGUGUUUCAAGUAGCUCAGUUUCAGACUGCAAAGGAAAUCUGGGAAGCGUUGAAGACACGGUAUGUUGGGGUUGAACGGGUUCGAGAGGCAAAGCUUGAGCAACUGGAAAAUGAGUUCGAAUCCUUGAAGAUGAAAGAAACAGAGACAGUUGAUUCUUUCGCGGGCAUGAUAUGUCAGUUGGUUACCAAAGCAGCCAGUUUGGGAACCACCUAUGAAAACAAAAAGCUAACCAGAAAGCUAUUAGGCUCUGUUCCAACAAAGUAUGUUCCAAUUGUAGCUUCAAUUGAACAAUUUGCAGAUUUGAAGACUAUGACGUUUCAGGAAGCGAUCGGUAGACUGAAGACAUUCGAAGACAGGAUUAAGGGUAUCGAGUCUUUAGCAGAAAAUCAAGGAUGUCCAGAUCGUAUGAAGAAACAAGAUGAAGCUAACUUAGCUAAAAACGAUGAUUUUGAUCCAUCAUUAUUCAUGAUGAGAUGUGAUCAAGAGACGGUUUUUCUAAAUGAAGAAUGGGUGAAUCCAAAGCGUUUCGAGACUGAGCCAAUGGAGAAAGACACUUGGUAUCUCGACAACGGAGCAUCGAAUCACAUGACGGGUAAUCGAGCUUAUUUCUUUGAACUUAAUGAACGUGUCACGGGAAAGGUGAAGUUUGGAGAUGGAUCUUGUAUUGACAUACGGGGAAAGGGAUCGGUAUUACUUGAAGGGAAAACGGGGUAG